AUGGAGUUCCACGCUGUGAUACUCUGUGGGCAGGGAAAAGCAUUGAACCCUUUCUCGAAGGUCAGAGCCACAGGUACCGUGAAAGCCCUCUUGCCUAUAGCCAAUAAGCCUAUGAUCGAAUAUGUGCUUGACUGGUGUGCUAAGGCUUUCUUCCCAAAGAUCACGAUUGUAUGCGAUGAACCGUCGAAAGAAGAUCUCGUGGCUGCUUUGAAAGCAUACAAGUCAAAAGCUGGCCCGCAGUCGGAGAACAACGAUAACUCAAGACUGUCAAACCAAUUCUUAGAUCUGAUUCAAGUCGUCGAGCUGGCAACGGCCACAUCUGGCGAGGUUCUCAAAUUUUUAGCAAAGAGCAACAUUAUCGAUCCCUUGGAACAUUUUGUUCUUUUGCCUUGUGAUUUUAUAACGAAUUUGCCUCCCCAAGUCCUUAUAGAAGCCUACAGAUCGAGACUGGAGACAGACAUUGGUUUACUUUGCUGCUACAAGAAUCAGUUGGAUAUCGAAGAUAAGAAAAAUAAAAUCUUCCCCAAAAACUAUACCAUAUUCGCUGAGUUACCCUCUGGUCAAUCACAGCUUUUGGACUACUAUUCAGCGGAGGAUGUUGAUUUUCAUAAGGCUUUGAAGAUCAGAACGCAGCUCACAUGGAAGUACUCAAAGUCCAUUGUCAGUACUAAAUUGCUAAACAGCUCAAUCUUCUUUGGUUCCGCCAAUGAAAUCUUCGGUUUGUUCGAAAAGUACCAAGAUAAGUUCACCAAAGUUUAUUUCUCAAACAGACCGCUCAUUAAAGUCAUUCGUGAUCUUGCUAGACUUUCAUGGCAGAGCACAUCAUGCGAAAACACUAUCGGAUUCAUGCUCGUACCAACACAAGCACAAUUUACCAGGUCAAACAACUUACCGGUACUUUUGGAGUCAAACAGGUACUACUUGAAACUACAAGCCCAGGCAAAUGCUGCCAGGAGUAGUGCUCCUAAGGACAAAACAGCCGCAAACGUUGGUGCCGACGCAUUAAUUGGUGAGAAUAACGAAUUGGGAGAGAAAACUAAUGUCAAGAGAACUGUUGUUGGUAAUAAUUGCAAGAUUGGCAAGAGAGUCAAACUCACAGGGUCUAUUAUCCUAGAUAACGCUGUGAUUGAAGAUGAUGUCGCUUUGGAGAAUUGUAUCAUUGGUCAUGACGUUAUCAUCCGCUCGAAGUCAAAGUUGGUCAACUGUAACGUGGAAUCCACGCACGAGGUUGCCAAGGGCACGCAGGCAAAGGGUGAUACCCUUUUGUGCUUGAGUUUGGAAGGUCUAGAAGUAGAGGACGGCGAGAGUGCCAUCGAGUCAUCCCUGGAAGAAUCUUCCUCCGGCAGCGAUUAUGACGAUUAUGAAGAGGACAUCGAGUACGGCGAUAACUCUGACGGAUUAUUUGCAUACUAG